AUGAGAUUAAAUUCUCUUUUUCUUCUUCUUUUCAUUGGAACGAUUAAAAGUCAACAAGAAUCGUAUCCAAUGUGGAAAGUGUUUUGCAGUGGUCGACCGCUUUAUCGUGGUCGUCUCGAUUCCAUUGUUACUCCUGGUGAACCUGCAGGUCAUGUUCAUAAAGUUAUGGGUGGAAAUCAUUUCAGUGCUGGAGUUCGAAAUCAAUCUCCACUUGAACUUUAUGAAAUAACAAAAUCAGCUACAUGUACAACAUGUUCAAUUCAUACAGUUGAUAAUAGUAACUAUUGGCAUCCUGAUUUAUAUUAUCAAUGGGAAAAUGGAACAUUUUCAUUGGUACCUGAUGGUGGUUUAACAGUUUAUUAUAUUGCGAGAACAGGUGAUGUUGGUUCUUCUCAAUAUACAAAUCCAAAUUGGCAACCAUUUCCCAAAGGUCUUCGUAUGAUUGCUGGUGAUCCAUGGAGAAGAACAUUUAAUUCUUCAGAUGUUUCACACAAAGCGAUUAGUUUUGUUUGUUUAACAGAUUUUGGAAAACCGAAUGCUCCAGAAACGAAUGGAUUUCAAACGGAUAAAUAUUUUUGUAAAAAUGGCUUUCGAAUGCAAGUGUUCUUUCCAAUGUGUUGGGAUGGAAUCAAUUUAGAUUCUCCUGAUCAUCGUUCUCAUAUGGCAUAUCCAACUCAAUAUAAUACUGGAAAUUGUCCUUCAACACAUCCUGUUCGUUUACCUGGAAUCUUCUUUGAAGCUUUUUAUGCUGUUGAUAAAUUUCCACAUGGAACAGGUCGACAACCAUUUGUUCUUUCCAAUGGAGAUCCAACUGGUUAUGGUUUUCAUGGAGAUUUCGUUAAUGGAUGGGAUUUUGAUGUGGUGAAAAAUAUGUUAAAUGACAAAACAUGUCUUGCGAGCAAUACAAAUCUUGGAAAUAAUCCUGAACGUUGUGCACCAAUUCAAUCAUUUGUUAAAAAAUCAAUUGAUUCAAAUUGUGAAUUAAGUAAAUCAAUUCCAUUAACAGAAAAUAUUGGAAUGGUUGAACCGAUUUCACGUUUACCUGGUUGUAAUCCAAUAACUUAUUCGAACGCAAUUAAAUGUACGAACGGUUAUGAUCCAAAAUCAAUGGACAAUACAAAUACUUUUCAUAUUCAAUCAAAAAUAACUGGACUUUAUUUAACUUUUAAUCCAAUAUCAGAAAUUGUUUAUGCAAAUGCUCCAAUUCAAAAUCCAACUUAUCGAGAAACGUGGGGUUUAGGAUGGGCUGCAAAAGAUACAGGAAGAACAAUAAGAAAUACCGAAUUAAAUCGACAUUUUACAAUGCAAGAUAUUCUUCGUGUACGUGGUCCAGAAUCGGAUAAAUGGGAAAUAUUUACUUUGGAAAAACAACCAAAUUCAAAUUAUUAUGCAAUCAAAAAUCGUCGACAUGGAAAAUAUUUAAAAGUUGAACCAGAUUUCACAGUUAGUGGUACAGCAUCAAUUAUUGUUGAUUCGUGUCUUUUUCAAUUAAUUACACCAAAUGGGGGAUUUGUUCCCGAAGGUUUAAAAUUAUCUGAUUUCAAUCAGAAUUUAUCAAUUAAUAUCGGGUAG